AUGAAAAUCCUCAUUGUUGGCGCCGGCAUCGCUGGCACAUCGCUGGCCUUCUUCCUCUCCCAGCAUGAAGUGACGGUCAUUGAACGGGCUUCGCAUCUGCGUGCCUCCGGCCUGCAGAUCGACUUGCGCGGAGCAGGGAUCAAAGUCUUGAAGAAAAUGGGCCUAGAAGAUGCCUUCCGCGAGAAAGCGGUGCCCGAACAGGGGAUCGCCCUGGAAGACUCUCGUGGUCGCCGAUGGGGAUAUUUCCCUGCCAACCGCGCGAAGAAAGGGCUGCAGAGCUUCACCACCGACUAUGAGAUUAUGCGAGGCGAUUUCUGCCAGUUGCUCUACGACCAGACCAGACACCAAGCGAGGUAUCUGUUUGGCGUGGCCGUGGACAGCCUUUCCCAGACAGAGGGUGGCAAAGUCACUGUCCUCUUCUCGAAUGGACAAGCUGAUGUAUUCGAUCUUGUUGUCGGUGCAGAUGGCUUGCACUCACGCACCCGCCGCAUGAUCUCCCUUGACGGCUUCCAUCCGCUGGGCAUGUACGCUGGAUACUUUACUUUCAAGCAGGACAUGGUCAAAAACAAGGAAGACUAUGUCGCCACGGCAUUUCUGGCUCACCAAAACCGGUUCAUUAUGACCCGCCGACACAAUGAGUCCACCCUACAGGCCUACCUUAUUUGCAAGGACAAUAUGAUAUCCUGCAAGAACGAGAAUGACCGCGAGAAGAAGAUGGACGACCUGACUGCCGUCUUCUCGGGAGCAGGCUGGCGCACUAAACGCAUCCUCCAAGGCAUGCGCGAGUCGACGGAUUUCUACGGCGAGAGCAUGGGCUUCGUCCAGGCCGACAAAUGGUCGGACGGCAGGGUCGUCCUCCUCGGCGACGCAGCAUAUUCCCCCUCCGCUAUGACGGGGAUGGGAACAACCUGUGCGCUGGUCGGGGCGUUUGUUCUUGCGGGCGAGUUGAAUCUUGGCGGUGUAAACGUUGAGACUGCCUUGCAAGAGUAUGAGCGCAAGCUCAGGCCAUUCCUGGAUCAAGUGCAGAAGGGACUCGAUGGGAUGGCUGGUCGGUUUCCUUCUUCCUCCUUUGGCGUCGGAAUUCUCUAUUGUCUUUUUGCGCUAGCUUCCUUCUUCAGACUGGAUGUUUUGGCCAGAUAUGUUCUCAGAGAGGGUGUCAGCUGGGAGUUGCCGGAAUAUAUCUAG